GUCCUGUGGAAGAAAUGCAGUGGAAAUUUGCACUUCUUACCGAACAGAACACAAGUGUCGUGUAAUCGAGAAAAACAAAAAAAAAACACAAGCAAAAUGCGCUUUUUCAUUCUAUUCGCAUUGAUCGUUGCGAUCUACGCACAAGAGGAUAAAGUUCCCGAGCAAGCGGAGAUUGCCGCUGUGCAGACACUACCCGAAGCAGAGCAGACCGCUGGCGUAGAUGUGGUGCCCAACAGUUUGCUGGAAGAUGCGGAUGCUGGUGGGGAGCAUGCGGAAGAGGCCGAACGUGUGGCACGUGGUUUUGGCUGGGGCGGUUACGGCGGCUACGGCUAUAAGCGUUGGGGAGGCGGAGGCUUUGGCGGCUACAAGCGUUGGGGUGGCGGUUAUGGCGGCUACGGCGGCUAUGGAGGCCACGGUGGCUAUGGUGGUUAUGGUGGUUAUGGCUAUCGUCCGCACUAUUCUUGGGGUUAUCGCAAAUACUGGGGUUAAAAGCGGCUUUAUAUAGUUUGAAAUGUGAUCAACUGUGUAUACCAUUAUAGAAUAUACGAAGAAGAAUAAAAAAUGCUUUUGAAUAACAAUUAAUAAAAA